AUGUCUCAAUCAUGUUCAAUAAAGAAAUGCACACGUACAUCAUGUGUGUUGUGUGAUUGUUGCCAACAAAAUCUUUGUUUACAACAUUUAAAUGAACAUAAUGCUUUACUCAGUUCUCAACUGAAUCCUUUAACUGAUAAAGUUAAUGCACUUAGCGAUUGUCUCAAUACAUUAAAUAUGCCAAUAACAAUUGAUGAUUGUAGUAAAAAACUUGAACAAUGGCGUGAAGAUUGUCAUCAGAAGAUUGAUUCUUUUUUUGAAGAAAAAUUUCAAGAAUUUGAUCAAUUUGUUAAUGAAAAAAGUUGA